AUGCAGGUUUUCAGGCAUUCCCACAGAGCCUGCAACGAUGCAACGAUGAUCAAGGUUGAGAAUAGAAGGAUGUCGAAACUCGACAUCAGUAAGACCGCUGCAGGGACACACGCCGUUAUCUCGAUUGCUCGUCCGAUUUACGACCUCUUACUCCAAUCUCCUUGGAUCAAAAGCCAAGCGAAGAAGCUCGACGUUUUCCUGAAUGUCCAUACGGUUGAUGGUUGCGCCGCUGGGGAAGGUUUCCCAGAGGAACAAGGAAGCGUUGUUGAACGCCUCUCGCUCGGUGUGGAGAACGACGCACGGUGCACACGAUUCGUCGAAUUCACUGGGGCUGCCGGUUGA